AUGAAUCAUAACGAAGAAGACAUAAAGAAUAUCAAAAUUACCUCAAAGAGAAUAUUAAAAACAGUAUUAAAUGCAAAAGUAGGUGCAAAUAAGAUUCAACUCAAAAGGGGAAUAACAGAGUUAUCAAGAGGCACUGAAUCAAUUUUAAAUUUAGAAAAUCAAAAACUCUCAAUUUUAGGUCAAUUACAAAUUGAAUCAAAAAAAUUAAAAUAUUUAAAAUCUGCUAAUAAUCAAGAAGAAAUAGAAGCAGAAGUAGAAGAACAGGAAGAAGUAGAAGAAGAAGAAGAAUUAUAUGAAGAAGUAGAAGUAGAAUCAGAGCAAAUCAAGGUUGAUUAUGAUAAAGAUGAAAAUUAUGAAAAUGAAUUAAAGAGAAUUGAUGAUAUAAAUGAUGAAUUAAGACUUCAAGUUUUACAAUUAUCUGAAAUAAAAUCAGAACAACAAUUAACUUUCAAUAGAAUAAUUCAAAGUGAAGUAAUUAAUUUUAUAUCAAAUCAAGAACUAUUUGAAGAUAAUGAAAAUGAAAAAUUAUUUCAAUUGAUUAAAUGUAGAGAUAGAUUGGUUUUAAGGUGUUUAGAACUAAUUUCACAAAUUAAAAGAACAGAUAUUAAUAUUUUUAAUAUAGAAAGGAAAAGAAAUGAUCAAUUCGUUGAAAAUAGAUUUUUAGCUGAUUAUUAUUUUGAUACAUGUGGUGGUGGUGGUUCAAGAGUAUUAGGUGGAAAUGAAUUCCAGUAUUUAAAAAAUGUGGAAGAAAGUACUGCAAAAAUAAUAGAGGCUUUAAUUUAUAGAUCAAAAAUUAAUUGGUGUUAUAAUGAAAAUUUUAAAAAAUUCUUUAACAAAAAAUACGACUCUGAAAAAAAUAAAGAACAAACAUUCAUAUUACUUCAGGGAAAUAAAAAUAAAAAAUAA